AUGUCUUUGACGCGUCUUUCCUCAUGCAUUUGGCGGAUUACACCCAAAUCCAACAAGCACGGGGCUAAUAAUAAUACUAUGACCCUUUUUCGCUCAAACACAUCUGAGUUUUGUUCGUUUUCAAAUUUGACCUCCUCCUCUUGUCGUUCAUUACUAGAAGGUUUAAACUACUCAAAAUCAAAAACAUCUCGGUCGCUACCAAUAUCACCAAAGUUUACAUCAUUCUUAUAUCAAAAUCACUAUUACACCACAUCCUCAAAAUCAAAUAAUCAAAUAAAUGCUACAAUUCUUGGUUCCGGAAAAGAUAUUGACCAACAAGUAGCAGCAGCUUCGGUGUAUGCGUACGAUCUCCCUUUGACCUCUGAAAUCCCCUUAAAUACCGAGAUUCCAUUAACUACUGAUACGAAUGUACCAAUCAACACUGAAAAAGAAAAAAAUAGUACCAGCAGUAACAGUGCAGAUACAGAGAUACACGCUGUAGUUUCUACUUUUGAUUUAUUUUCAAUUGGAAUUGGUCCCUCUUCAAGUCAUACAGUGGGUCCAAUGCGCGCUGCAAAGAUAUUUAUUAAUGAUCUGAAAUCGCAUAGUGUUCUUGAAAAGGUCCAUUCCCUACGAAUAGAUUUAUUCGGGUCACUUGCACUGACCGGAAGAGGUCACGGUACGCCAAAUGCUAUUCUGAUGGGUAUGGAAGGUGAAACGCCGGAAGGUGUUGAAACGUCCACAAUAGCAUCGAGGGUAGAAUCAAUCUACAAUAAUGGAAUUCUUAAUCUUGACGGAUCGCAUCCAAUUCAAUUCGAACAAAAACAUUUGAUCUUUCAUUUCUUUGAGUCGUUACCACAGCAUCCAAAUGGCAUGCGUUUUUGUGCAUUCAAUAAACUUGGUGAUCUGGUUGCAACCAACGAAUUCUUUUCAAUAGGUGGCGGAUUUGUAGUCAACGAAGCAACACAAAUCCGACACGGCGAAAACCUCUUCUACAAAAGCUACGACAAGAGCACGAUUUCCAAAACGCGUACACAACAAGAUAUGGCCGUCACCAGAGCCGCACUACCAUUCAGUAACGCCAAAGAACUAUUAAGUGUGUGUAAACGCGAAAAUUUGACCAUCGCUCAAGUGGUAUACGAGAACGAGUUACGAUGGCGAAGUAAAAAGGAGAUUUCGAAAAAAGUCAUGGAUAUCUGGGAGACGAUGAAUAAAAGUAUCGAGAAUGGAUGUCUUAGCAGUGAAGAGUAUUUGCCGGGUAAAUUGCAAGUUAAGAGACGAGCGCCGAGAUUAUAUGAAAAAUUAUUGAGAGGGUUAUAUUCAUCGUCGUCGGCGGCGGCUUCUGGUCAUGGUCAUGGUCAUCGUAACGAUAUUACUAUAAGUCUGGGAAAUGACCAGAUUACCCAUUUGUCGACGCGUGAAAUUUUGCCACAUCCGCUUCCGAAGCGACAACCGAAACGAUCGAUGUUACCUGCGUUGGAAUAUCUUAGUGUUUACGCUAUUUCGGUAAACGAAGAGAAUGCAGCGGGUGGCAGAGUAGUCACAGCGCCAACAAACGGAGCUGCAGGUGUAAUCCCAGCCGUGUUAAAAUACUAUUUAGAAUUCAUUUCCACAGAACCGGAACACGAUGUGAUGGAGUUCCUGUUCACUAGUGCUGCUAUUGGGAUGCUGUAUAAACGAGGUGCAUCUAUAAGUGCGGCUGAGAUGGGAUGUCAGGGCGAAGUUGGAGUUGCUUGUAGUAUGAGUGCAGCGGCAUUCACCGCAGUGAUGGGUGGUACUCCUGAACAAGUCGAAAAUGCCGCGGAAAUAGGUAUGGAACAUAAUUUAGGGUUAACAUGUGACCCGAUUGAUGGUCUCGUCCAAAUUCCAUGCAUUGAAAGAAACGCGUUAGGUGCGGUGAAGGCUGUAACUGCAGCACAACUAGCUCUAAACGGAGACGGACACCAUCGCGUGACACUCGAUCAGGUUAUCGAGACAAUGCGUCAAACCGGGAUUGAUAUGCAGAGUAAAUAUAAAGAGACAAGUCAAGGUGGAUUGGCUGUUAAUGUGCCGGUGUGCUGA